CUGCUCGGCAGGUAGAGCCGGUUGCUCCGACAUUGACGUUGCUGAUCUCGGGUGGAGAGCUGGUGACAGUCUGCCAGGGAUGAACAAGUGACCACCGGCAGGUUUUACCACAGCAAGCGGCCCCGAUCAAAAUCUACCAUCGAUCGAGUGAGAACAGCAACAACAACAACAAAAAAUAUGAAGUUGGUCAUUUUUUUUGUCGCCGUCAGUGUGGCGGUUAUGGUCGCGAUGAUUUUCCAGACUCUGCGCCAGGAGCUGAAUCUGCGUAACCUGAGGGCCCGCAUGGUGGACAGCUCCGCGGAGGUCAAGAGGAGGGAAGACUCCAUCAUGGACAUGAAAAAUAAAAUCCAGGAGCUCAAAUCCGUGUUGGAUAACGAGAACCUGAAGCUGGAUGAGCUGAAGAAGGAGAAGACGGAGAAGGAGAAGGCGCUGAAAGAGGCUGAGAAAAGUCUGGAGACCUGCAACGCGGGGAAGGGAAACGCUGAACAGAAGAAGUCAGAGUUGGAGGGAGCCAUAAAUAAACUUAAAGCUGAUCAUGAAGCAGCUAAGAAUAAGGCUCAAGAGGAGAUCGGGAGCUUGAAGCAACAGAUACUGGACAGAGAAAAAGCUAUUUGUGCCCAUGCAGAUAUGACUAAGGAAGAAGCACGGAAACUGUGUGGACAGUCUGCUCCACAAAAAUAAAAUCAAAUCUGCGUAAUCUUGGUUGAACUUUUCCACAAGAGAGAACACCUAAAAAGAACCAUCUACAAGUUUUGUUGGCAUCUUUUCUUUUUUGUUUGUUUGUCUUCUUAUUUUUUAUAUAUUGUGGUCAUGCACAGUUAGCUGUCUGAUGGGAAAAGGGAAAUAGUUUUUAACAUUUUUAUUUAAAUUGUGUUAUUCUGAUUGUUUUGGUUGUAUUUUGUUUGGCUUCUUGACUCUUUAAAAUACUUUAAAACAUA